UGCAACUCAAUAUGUUCUGUGCUGCAACUGGUAACAUUCAAAUUCAGUCGCUGUCGGAUGAUCUGUCAAAACUCUAACUGUCAUUCAUUUUUGUGAAACGGCUAGCGAAAUGUCUGAUUGUGCCGGUGAUAAUUCAAAACCACGAGUUCUGGUUUUAGGAGGGUGCGGUUUUAUCGGCCGUAACUUGGUGGAAUACUUGAUAUCUAAUGACCUGGUGAGCGCGCUGCGGGUGGUGGACAAAACUCCGCCGCAGUUGGCCUUCUUGAACCCGACACACUCGAAGGUGUUCGAAGACCCCCGUAUUGAGUACAAGAGCGCGAACCUCAUUAAUACCACAUCAUGUGCAUCAGCAUUAGACCCUGGCGACAAGGCGCCCUGGGACCUGGUAGUGAACUGUGCUGGAGAGACCCGGGUGGGGCAGACUGAAGCGGUCUACUCGGAAGGUCUUUAUACCCUGAGCACCAAUGUGGCCAAGCAUUGCGCCAAACUGAAGGUCGGGAGACUGGUGGAGAUAUCUAGUGGGCAGAUGCAUAGCAGUGAUAAGCCACAAAAAGAAGAAUGCGCAGUAGAACCAUGGACAACCGAGGCUAAGAUGAAGAGCAAAGUGGAGAAGGAACUCAAGAACAUGGGAACUGAGCUAAACUACACCAUCAUCAGGCCAGCCAUCGUGUAUGGAGUCGGAGAUAGGAGGAGCUUGACACCACGCCUCCUAUACGGCGGUAUCUACAAACACUUAAACGAAACCAUGAAGCUCCUCUGGACAGCUGACCUCAAGAUGAAUACUGUCCACGUCCGUGACGUUUGCCGUGCCAUCUGGUGUUUAGGCACCCGGCCGGACGCUAACCGCGCUGUUUUCAACGUGGUGGACGAGGCUGAUAGCACGCAAGGCUCGCUGGCUGAACUUGUCGCAGAUAUAUUCAAGAUUAAUCAUGACUAUUAUGGGACUGCUAUUUCUACGCUGGCUAAGAACGACAUAACAUCAGUAGCCGAGGAAGCGAACGACAAGCACCUCACCGCCUGGGCCGAAGUCUGCCGCAAGUACUCCCUGCAGCACACCCCGCUGGAGCCCUCCGCCGGCGCUGAGCUGCUGCUCAACAAGCAGCUGUGUCUCGACGGCAGCAGGCUGCGGCAGCUACUGCCGCUAGACGUGCCCAAGCCUACCGUGGAUAACUUGAAAGAGGUACUCGAAGAUUAUGCUUCCAUGAACCUCUUCCCGAAAGAGUUGCUCCUAUGACCUAAUAAAUAAAAUACUUUUGUAUCAACCGACAGCCAUUUUACAUACAUUACGAAAAUUUUGAAAAAAAUGCACAUUGUAUUACGUUACCGCUUGCAUCGAAGAUAUGUUGUAGCGAUAUUCGGUCACAAGUUAUUCUCAAGUAUAACUUACAUUUUAGAUGUAUAAAGGCCGGUUUUAUACCUUUUAAGUACAGUUAACUUACUCGAAUUUGUCUAUUUUUAUCAAUCGAAUAUUAACCUUCCUACUAUUAUGAUAAGGUUGAGAAUCUAUUGAAAAAAAUUGACAGAUUGGCGUAGGUUGAUGUCUGUACUAUUUACCAGAUAAAUUCAUAAAUAUAAUUGUAUGAAUUUGUCCUUCAUGUAUGGUGUAAGGUACUUGUAAAGAGGUGUUGAAAUCGGCCAUAAGUGUAGUAGAUCUUAAUACAUCAUGAUAUAUGAUUAGUCAGUAUUUAAUCAACAAAUAUGUGUUUCUGCGAAACUCCUGGCGAUGUCGCUUUUUAAAUGUUUACUGCAAGUAAUCAAAUAAUGGUAUAUAAUAAAUAUUCAGUGUAUAGAUGUCCAUAGACCCUAUGUGGCCGACAAAGUGUGUGCUUAUCGCUUUCAAAAAAUCUUCUAAGAUUAUUUUACCAUUUAAAAUCUAUAAGGUCCUAAUAAUUUUCGAUUCAUAUUUUUAAUGCAACACUGUGAUAACAAGUGAGACGUUUUGAAAUCAAAAGAUAAACUUCCGAAUAGUAUUUUUUAUAAAAAUUGUGACAAUAACUUAAAAAAAAAUACAUUUUGGACACUAACCAUAGUCUAUUUAUUAAGGAAUUGAAGACUGUGAAUACCAAAAAGCAAAUCUAUCACUUUGCUUUUUUUUAAAACUUCGAAAUUCUGCAUUUACUAUUCCAUCCAAUGUGAAUUGAAAUAGUUUUUAUAUCUUACGUAUUACGAGUGAAGGCUCAAGUUAGCGUAGUACUUAAAAGUAUUCCUUUUUAUUCAAUAAUAAUGGUGCAAACGUAUUUAGUUUUAAAAUGUAUUCUUUGUACUCUCUUAUGAUAAUUUUACGGAUUAUUUUUGAUACACUAUAUCUUAAGAAGUUUAGGCGUUACCUUUAAUUAAGAUGAAUAUUAUAGUUAAAGUCUUAAAGAUCUUACUGAACCCAGUUUUAAACUAUCGAGGCCUCACUACAUUUUUUAUAUUCAUACUAAUUGGUAUUAUGGUCUCUUUUCCGCGAUAAUAUAAAUCGGAAAAUGACCGUAACUGGCAGUUUUACAAAUAAAUAAAAAGGAAUUGCUCUUAAUUUAAAAAUAUAUAAAAGAAGCAUUCAAAAGGAGAUGACCAAAUUUUCAUA